UAUUUGAGGCCUCGGAAACAGAAUUAAAAAACAAAUCGUCGCUUCGCUUUUAGAACUCCGAAAAGUCGCCACUACAAUUAAUUCUUCGAAGAAGUGAAAUCUGCAAAUGCGACUCCCUUCCUGUCUUCAACCCUUACCCUCCACCACGAUCUUCCUCUCGAGGUUCCCCAAACCUCUCUUCCCUCUCAGCUGCGUGACAACCGCCGCCCCCGCCAUGUCUAACCAACCCGACCCAACAAAACCCACUUCUGUAAACACCCUCCAAACCCCACAAAAUUACCCUGUGCCACUCUCUCCCCCACUGCCUCCCAUCUCCAAGAGCGUAGAGCUCCGCAGAGCCGAGUCUGCCUCCUCCAAGUCCAGUCUCUUUGCUCUCUCAAGAACCCAUGUGGUGUACGAGGACGAGUGGCUCAUUGCAGUGAACAAGCCCAAGGGGAUCUACUGUGAGAGCGUGUUGGCCUCCGUCCCUCAACUUCUCUGUGACGCGGCCGAGUCUGGUGGACGACUCAGUGAAGGGACCAAGAUCAAGUCUCCAGAGCUUCAUCUUGCUAACCGACUUGAUCGUGACACCAGUGGGGUUAUGCUGAUAACAAAGUCCCACAAAGUAGCUUCUAAGCUUGUCCAAGCAUUCACUAAUCACAAGGUUACCAAAACAUACAUUGCUCACUGCGUUGGUCCAGCUCCAAAAUGGGAAAAAAUAACCAUUAAAUCAGGUCAUGGCAGGUCAAAGUUUGGGGUCUGGCGUGUUUAUGCUGCAUCAGAUGUUGGUCGGAUGCUACCGGGUGGAUCAGUAGUCAGAGACAUGGAAACAUCAUUUGAAGUAUUAUCAAUAAAUGGACAAGGGAGCUUCAAAGAGCCAUCUGAAUUUAGGAAAGAUGAAGAAAAUACUAUUGUAGUUGAAGAGAGAGCUGUAAUAGACAGCGGUAUAAAGAAGGAUGAGAUAUUGGUAAGAGCUUAUCCUCGAAGUGGAAGAACACAUCAAAUUCGCUUACAUUGUCAAUAUCUUGGAAUUUCCAUCAGAGGGGAUGUGAAAUAUGAAGGUGUCUAUGAGUGGAAAGGGAGAACUUAUGAUGGCCAUGAACUUCAUGCGGAGAGCUUAUCGUUUGAGCACCCUGUUACUGGUCUUCCUAUCAUGUUUCAAGCACCUCUACCUCUAUGGCCCAGCCAGGCAUUGCAGCAAUAAUAUUAAAAUGGCGUUGUUGUCUUUGGCAUGGGCCUCUUCGGCUCUAGAAGAUUCUUGCAACAUUCAGGUGAGAAAAUAUUAGAUUAGACAUUUUCGUUUUCUGAGUUGCAAAUGGAAGUUUUUUACAUGGAUAUGAUGCUUUCUGGUUGGUGUCAAGUAUAGCCAGUUAAUACUUAUGGGGUUAGUAUCUCCCCCUUUCUAUCGCCAGACUGUGUUAUACGUAAAAGGUCCAUUGCUAAAAGCAAAAGGUGAGGACUUCAAGUGGAAUCCCGUCUGUUGCAAUUGCAGUGUUUGCCUCGCCAUCACUCCCCUCCGUCAGCCGUCACAAAAAAGAUUCCAAACCUCUUCAUUUAGGCAUCACUUUUCCCAAAGCGGCUUUUGAAGAGGUUGUGGCAAGUGAAUUCAUAUGCAUAAAGAGGUUAUGAUGAGAUUAUUGAUAUCAUGAGCUCUCUUUUCUCAUUUGAAAGUUUAAUUCAUGACCAUCGGAUCAGUUUUCUAUAUCAAUAUAAUUUUCUGUUCUUUCCCAUUUUUUGGGGCAUGAAGUCUCAAGUACCUACGAAAUGCAGAGUUUGUUACUCUGCCACUUUGUGCACAUUUUUGUCAAAUGUAAUUGCUAAGCUUCUUUUUCUGUUGUUAAA